UCGAACACUGGUGCAUCGCUCAACACGAAUGCACCGGACGUCUUAUCUGUUAGGCCACGACGACUCAUCUACCACCAGAACACCAUAUUCAAUGUCUGUUUCGUACAAAUCGGUUUGCAAUUUGUUAUUCAGUGAAUGAAUACACCCAUCUAAAAACAUAUAAAAACAAAAAAACUUUAAUCUUUCGGGUGAUCAUGCAAAAAAUCUGUUUAUAUAUAUAAAAAUAGAGGCAGCUUCAAAUUAUUUAAGAUUAAACAAUGAAACGUUACAGUCUUGUCGUUUGUUUAUACAUAUUAGCUGAGGUAACGUGCCGGGUCACGAAUCAAGUGAAAAAUCCAAAGAAUUUAACCCAGGGAUAUGUUGAUUAUAAUGCAGCAUCGAAAGAUUUGAUCGAGGUUAUAGAUAAGGAGGAAAAAGCAACUGAAAAGGGUCCUUUGUACCUCGAAGAUGUAUUGCUGUUGCUUGAACACAAAAUUUGGACGGUGGAUGAGCAACAAUGUGUUAAUCAUAUACAUCACAUGAUUCAAGGACUCCGGAACUUCACGCUUUGGGCCGUAUGGGAAUGGGACUCCCAAUCAACGGAGCCACUGGGCGUGCUAUUCGGUAACAAGUAUCAAUUAGGGAAUUACGACCAAUGCAUGAACCCUCCUUGGUCAGACUCUCGGACAGAUUUACUGAUGAAGUACUGCCUCGUUGACAUCGUUCUCGAGACAGACCGGAAAAGCUAUGAAGUCGACACCGCCUUUUCUCCUUACCAAUCGGCAUCAGAUUUUUUAAGGUACCAACCUCCUCAUGCGCGUCCCCUUAAUGAGUUACAAUGGGGAGUUUGCAUGCCUGCUUCCUGUCCACCCAGCACAAUCGAGAAGCUGUUGGCUGCGAUAGUAUCACGGAGUCACCUUGGCACAUCCGGUAUCAAUGCUAGCAUUGCUAUAACUAAUGCAUGUCAGACUAGUGGGAAUCAUAAGGAAUUCGAUGUUCUAUUCUAUUAUUUCAUAUGUACAGUGGGAUUGUUAGCAGUCCUUUGCCUAGUGUGCACUUUUGUGUCUUGUUCCAAACAACUCAAUUCUAAUACAACAAUAACACAAGUGACAAAGGCGUUUUGUAUGAAAGAAAAUGCCUCUAACCUCUUUAAGAUGAAAAAAGACGGCUUGGAAGCUAUUUAUGGAGUCAAAUGGUUGACAAUGUGUUUGAUAGCUGUUGAUCAUCUGAUAAGUAUUGUUAAUUCUGGUCCUAUCAGCGAUGGAUAUACUUCAGAUCGAGUGGUCCGAUCGUUUUUCGGGCUUUUCCUUGUCCACAACGAUCUAUUUGUGGAUACGUUUUUCUUUUUAUCUGGACUCCUCACGUUUUCCGCUUUUACAACCUACGAAAAAUUACCGAAUCCGUUCUUGAUAAUCUUCAAAAGAUACAUCAGACUUAUAGUGGCACUUGCAGUGGUAAUAUUCUACGUUUGCGCGGUACAUACUUACACAGGAAACGGCCCUCUGUGGAACAAAUUAGUCGAUCUAGAAAUAGAACUCUGUAGGAGGAACUGGUGGCUUAAUUUACUGAUGAUCAACAAUUACGUCGACACUGAAAACAUGUGCUUAAUAAUAUCUUGGUAUAUACCCUGCGACUUCCACUUCUUCGUGAUCACCGUAUUCUGGUUCUCUAUAUACAAAAAGUAUCCAAAAGCAGGUCUCAUAGCUGCUAGCGUCAUGUUUGUGAUCGCACUUUCGCUACCAGGGAUCAUUACCUACUUGUACCGGUUGUCUGCAGUCCAGAUUUUCACUAUUGAAUUUCUCGUGAAUCCUCGUGGUAGUCACGAUUUGCAUGUACUGUACAUUAAGAGUCAUGCCCGUUACGCGACCUAUCUCGUUGGCGUACUUUUUGGAUUCAUCUUUGCGAAAUAUAAGGCCGAAGGGAAACUGAAUACUGUGUCGAAGAAAUGGUCCGUCCUGUUUGCAAUUAUAGCGUCAACUUUGAUGCUGGCGGUUUUAGUGUACGGUGGCACAUUUAUAUGGCGCGAAUACCGGCCGUUAGAGAGCGCAAUAUAUGCCGCACUGAACAGACCGGCCUGGGCAUUCGGAAUGGGACUGCUCAUCAUGUGCUGCGCGUUUGGACAGCUGCCCUUAGUUAACGGUAUCCUUACAUGGUACCCAUGGGUCCCCGUGAGUCGACUGACGUACGGAAUUUACUUUACCCACACCAUCAUAAUCGCAAGAAACGUCUUCAUCACGAGGAACCUGCAACAUAACGAUUAUUUUAAAAUUCUCGUUGAUGGAACUGGUACAAUAUUUUGGUCAUGCAUAUUCGCUCUGCUGCUUUGGUUGUUGGCUGAAGCGCCAAUUAAUAAGCUUAUCGACAUUUGCUUGAGAUCACUAAUUCGGAAGGGGGAAAAAAGAGCUCAAGGAGUCUCUGAAGGAAACGGAAAUUCUCAAAAGAACUUCAAAUCGAUCGACCGUGAUAAUUUCGCCAAGGAGGAAAAUCUCUCUACAAAUAUUCAACUAGACUCUAAAAUGUAAAUAAGUGUAUACAGCGGAGCCCCUAUAUUUGGCGUGUUACUACAAAAAUUGCUUAAAAAAUAAAAUAAAAUAAGUCAUAUU